GCCAGGACGAGAAAUCUCAGUCGCGAUGCGCUGUUCACUCUAUGCUGUGGCUCUCGCAGCUUGUGGCCAGCGCGCUCUGGCAGCGUUUGGUCUUACCUCCACAAGCUCCAGGUUCAAAGUGGAUACGGACGCAGGCUUGGUAUUUGAAGUCAAUCGCGCCAAUGGCGACAUAACGAGCCUCAAAUACAAUGGCGUCGAGUACCAAGGAACUGGAAAGGCGAGCGCGAUCAACUCAGGUCUCGGGAGCUCCACAGUUACCGGCGAAACCGUGAACGGAUAUGUCAAGAUUACUGUCAAAGCAGGAUCUUUGCCGCUCACUCACUACUUUGUCGCGAAGCCGAAAGAAGCGAUUAUAUACAUGGCGACAUACAUAACGGGAGAGAUCGACCCCGGAGAGCUAAGAUGGCUGGCACGGCUGCGGACUUCUGAACUGCCGACGGGCGUCCAUGGGAAUGUGGGAGACACUCGAGGAUGUACGGCGUUUGAAGGCAAGGAUACAUUCAAGUGUCCAAAUGGCGAGACAAGAUGCAAGAUGUAUACCAGCGAUCGUUUCAUCGACGACAACGUCCAUGGAGUUUCCGGACCGAAAGCGUCGGUGUGGAUGAUCAUGCCUGGAGUAGCAUAUGAAACUUCAGCAGGCGGCCCGUUCAUGCGAGACAUCAAUAGCCAGACUGGCGAUAGCGACCAAGAGCUGUAUUGGUACAUGAAUAGUGGUCAUGUGCGUACGGAACCCUGGAGAUUCGGUCUGCAAGGGCCUUAUGCCAUGGCAUUUACCCAGCCAGGUGCGAAGCCAUCAGAGAAUUUGGAUACAAGCUUCUUCAGUGGUCUGAAUAUCCAGGGGUACGUUCCAAGCACUGGUAGAGGGUCGGUUUCCGGCACGGCGACAGGCGUGCCGAACCAGUUCGAAACAGUGCUUCACUGGCACAACACGCAGGCUCAAUACUGGACCAAGGCUUCCAAUGGCACAUACAAAUCUCCGUUGAUGAAACCUGGAUCGUAUACCAUGAACCUCUACAAGGGCGAGUUUCUUGUAAGCACAGACUCUGUCACUGUCACGGCCGGACAGACGGUGCAGAAGGACAUCGCUUCAAAAGAGGUGGAGACACCAGUCAUAUGGCGAAUUGGCAACUUUGACGGCCAGCCAUUCGAGCUUAGAAACGGAGACAAGAUCGAGCGAAUGCACCCUUCUGAUGUGCGAAUGGGUCCAUGGGGCGGUGCAUAUACAGUGGGUCAGUCCACGGCAAAAGACUUCCCUAUGGCCCUGUGGUCAAAACAAGGGGGAACUGUGACCGUCAAUUUCUCUCUGUCCCAGGCGCAAGUCAAGGCACAUGUCCUCCGCAUCGGGACAACACUGUCUUUCAAAGGCGGCCGGCCUUCAGUUAAGAUUGGCAGUUGGACGGGGAGCGACCCGGGAGCUCCAAAAUUAAUCGAUUCUCGCGGGAUAACUCGUGGGGCUUAUCGCGGCUAUGGUGAGGUUUACACGUACAACGUGCCGGCAAGCGCUUUCAAAGCGGGAAGAAACACAUUGACACUGGGCGUAUAUGGCAGCGGCGACGCCAGCUGGCUGAGUGCGAAUUACAUUGUCGACGCUUUGGAGCUCCAGGAAUAG